GGAAUGAUCCUAGUGAGUUCAAGGACAUUUUCGAUGUUGAUCACUUCAUUACUUCCUUGAGAGACGAGGUCCGGAUAUUGAAGGAGCUACCACCUCGAGUUCAGCAACGGGUUGAUCAAGGAAUGUUCUUCUCUACGCAACCCAUUAGUUGGUCUAGUAUCGCUUAUUAUGCUCGUCAGAUUCUUCCUCUUGUGCUAAAGCACAAAGUUGUACAGUUGAAUAAAACCGAUACUCGGCUUGCAAACAACGGACUACCCCUCGAGAUUCAGAAGCUGCGCUGCCGUGUAAAUUUCAAUGCGCUGAGAUUUACUUCCCAAAUUGAAGAAUUGGGUAGAAAGUUUGUCAAGAUUUUAAGGGAGAAGGGCCCUUUUCUUGUGCUUCAUCUCAGAUAUGAAAUGGACAUGUUGGCCUUUUUGGGCUGCACUCAUGGCUGCAACAGCGAGGAAGAGGAAGAAAUUACGAGAAUGAGGUAUGCUUAUCCCUGGUGGAAGGAAAAGAUAAUAAAUUCAGAAAUGAAAAGGAAAGAAGGAUUGUGCCCUUUGACACCAGAAGAAACAGCUCUAGUGUUAAAAGCACUCGGUAUUGACCGCAAUGUUCAAAUUUACAUUGCUGCCGGAGAAAUUUACGGUGGCGAGAGACGGAUGGCUCCGUUGGCAAAAGAGUUUCCUAAUUUGGUCAGAAAGGAGACUCUACUUCGAUCGGACUUGAAAUUCUUCCAAAACCACUCAUCCCAAAUGGCAGCAUUGGAUUAUCUAGUCGCCUUAGAAAGUGAUAUAUUCGUUCCGACAUACGACGGAAACAUGGCCAAAGUGAUCGAAGGCCAUCGGAGAUUCUUGGGGUUCAAGAAAACUAUCUUACUAGACCGAAAACUUCUAGUCAAGUUAAUAGAUCAGUACCAUGAUGGAUUGUUAAGCUUGGACGAGUUCUCCGAUACCGUGAAGGAAGUUCAUUCGAAUAGGAUGGGAAACCCAAAGAAACGGGUCGUGAUGCCAGAUAGACCGAAAGAAGAAGAUUAUUUUUAUUCGAAUCCACAUGAAUGUCUACAACUGUUGGAUGAACCUUGGAGAAGAACAUGAGCUGAAUCAUGGUGGUUAAAUUAUUAAUCUUCAAUUACACUUUUGUACUUAAAUACAUGUUUAUUAUUAGACAUAACUCACAAAUAAUGGAAAUAUGCAGAU